CCGACAACGACUCGACUCGCCGAGGAGUUGCUUACUUUUAAAUAAUUUAUUUGGGUGCAAACCCAACAUAUAAAAUGGCGUAUUGUCUAAGACUGUUAAUACUCUGGGUGGUGUGUGUUGGAGUUUAUUCUAAUGAAGAGAAUAGUGACACCGGAUUUGUGCAAUCAUUGGAUUUUGGACCUAUCUUUAAUUCCGACGAUUCGGGCAUUGUUACCUUGGCUUCGAAUCCCGUAGCCGCGGCAAUAGCAAACGCUGAUAAGAGUCAAUAUCCUAGAUUGUUUGAUUCUCUUGUUAGUAGUUCUAUUGAUUCAUUGCAUAGUCGUCUAGCGCCAAAAGAAAAUGUGUUUUCCGCUUCAAACUUUGGCUUUAAUCCUAUCGCUAGUCAGAGCUUUUACCCCCAGCCGCAAUCAGCGAAACUAACACAGCCGCAAAAAUCAUCCGCCCACCAGAUAGCGCAAGGGCAACUCGCGGGUCCUUUGAGAUACGACAUAAGGACAGUUCAUGAUGCAAAUUACAAAGUCUUUAAUCCCGAAGAAAGAGAAGAAGGGGGAAACAUUUUGGAAGCUUUGAGAAAGGAUCCUUCGGUUGCCGCUUAUUUUCAGCCUGCAGUUACUAACGUCGAAGUAGCGCAUCCAGUAAAUUAUCGCAAGGAAGAGCUAAUAGAUAACCCCGAUGUCGAACCAAACUACAAGGCACAUACUUACAUUGCAGGACCAUCCAGAAUUCGGCGGUACGCUGGAGGAAGAAAAAAAGAAAACGGAAGAAGAAGCAGCAACGAGGAAGAUGAGGACCCUUACAACUAUAAAGCGGAGUACAUUUCCAGACCCAAAGCCUUCGAUGAAAGUCCCUACAGCAGUGCCUACAAAGAAGAAAAAAAUCCGAAAAAGGAUUACGAAUACCCCUACAGUUAUGAUUCCGGUUAUGAUCACAAAGAAUACGAAAGAAUAAAAGAGUUGUCUGAAAAGCAAGCCGCUGAAAUUAAACAAAAUCCCGGGAACUGUAAGGAAGUAAAGAAAGACACCAUGACAUGUAUGUCUUGUAAAGACCCAAAAACUGGUGGAAAUUAUGAAUCGUGUUCGUAUGUUGCCGAACCGAAAAAUAAUAAAUAUGCUUACUCCAAAGAAAGAAAAUUCGACAGCAACGACGAACCUGACGAACCCGAAAAUACUCAAAAAGCAGAGAAUCCAGAAAAAUCUCAAAAACUUGUGGACGGUCAAAAGGACGCAUCGAGCGUAAAAAAUUACGGUGACGAAGGAAAACCAUACGGUAAUUACAAAAAUGACGAUGACAAUUCCGGAAAAUAUAAAUCAUACUAUGUGCACACAUCGGCGCCCAAACCUAGCGAAGCUUUAAGAGCGGCUGAAAAUCAGAAUGAUUCUGAAGAAAAUAAAGAAAAUAAGCCCUACGAUUAUAAGAAAGCCAUUCCUGGAUUUUAUACCGACACCGAACAAAAGAAGGACGUCGAAAAUGUAUUAGCAGAGUUUAAGAAAAAAGAUAGGUCAGCUUGUAAGAAAGUGCAAAAGAAUGGAAUGACCUGCUUCCAAUGUAUUGAUAAAAAUGGUUUAAAGCAUGAGGAAUGCAUGUUUGUGUCUGAGUCAGCGCCGAAACAAAGUCAUUUAGCGUAUCAAGAGGUCAAAGAGUUUACUUCCAAACCCGCUACCCUUGACGAUGGAAACGAAGCGGCAGCAAGUCAAACUGUGACGAGUUCCCCGGCUAAAUCUGCAGCAUACGUCGUCGCCAACAGCGACUACGGCAAAAAAUUGAAGCACAAGAAAGCUUCGCAGGGCACUCUCGCCGCGGCCUCGAGCCCUAUCGCCGCGGUUGUACCCGAUGUCAUAGCUUCGGUUCGAAACCCUGUAAAAUCGCACAAAGUUAAGAGAAACGAAGGUUCUCAAGCAGAAUUAAAUGCUCAAAUUAUUGACGAGACUAAUAUCGCGCCGCCCGAAGAGUUCGCCGGAGCCGAUUCCAAGGGCGCUUUUUGGGCGGAGACCAUGCCGCGUUAUAGCGCAGCGUUAGGCGUCUCUCUUCCGGAAUAUAUGCUGUCGAGGUCAGAACAUGAAGCUCUCUUCGAUGAAUUUGUUGCGGGAGCGUAAAUAGGAAGAAAUCUUUAAAUGUUACCUAAUCGUAAAAUAUUAAUAGAGCAUGUCUAUUGUAAGAAACUGAGUUCAUCGAUAUCGGAAAGUACCGCGUAUUUACUUUCUGUUGUGUAAUUUGAUUUCACGGAAUGAUUUUGUUAUAAAAAAGAAAUUUAAAUAAAUAAACUAAUGGAGAGAUAGAC